AUGGACAAGGUCGUUGUCGAAGUCAUGGACAAGGGAGACGACUUGGACGUCGACCUCUCUGCGCUUCUCGAGAGGCUCGAGAAGUAUGACUGGCCAGAGAAGCUGGGCGCUUCCAUCAAAGCGAGCCUCGAUGACCUCAUGGCUGCUCCGCAAAUCGACUCUCCCACCCUCCUUGCCAAGCUCGAAGAGCUUCAAAAGUCUUGCCCCGAUCUGCAGAUCUCCGUGCAAGAGACGCACAAGGAUGGAGACGGCGAGCAGCAGGGUGACUCAUCCCAGCUGUGUGAAGAUGCCAGCGAAGGGAGCCAGCAGAGACAGGUUUUCUAG